UUUUGAUAAAAAACUCUUGGUGCUCUAAACUUCUAGUUGUUGUUUUCUCUGAUUUUCGCUUUUCGUUCAAUUUCUCAUUUUUUUCCCUCAAAAAUUUCAAUCACAUUACAAAAUUUUCUUCAAUCUGUUUCCCUGAAGAUCGCCCGGGUCAGGUAUCUAGUGACUGGAGUUUGACCCGUUCUCACCUAUCUGCUUGCCUAGCAAAAUUGGAAGGAGAAGAAAAGAAAAAUUAAGUUCAUUAUACUUAUGAUUAUGACCAAUUGAAAACCUGGAGACCUGAAAUAUGCAGUUGCAGUUGCAGUUGCAGUUUUAGGGUGUUUGAUUUUAUUGAAUGAGUGGUUUAAGGCAUAUAAAGGCAUAGAUGAAAAAGAAGGCCUAUUGCUCAUCAUAUCAACUUUGUUAAACUGAAAAAGAACUGACCACUGGACUUUCUUCUUUUACUUUAUCUACACUAAUGGACAAUCUUAGUUCACUGAUGAAGGAUGCUGAUUCUACUUCUGCACGGCCAAAUGAGCAGGCCCACCUAAAAAUACCACAUGGAAGAAAUAUCCCUCUUCUUCCAAACAACAAUAUAGACAGAAUAAUGGAGUGUCCUGUUUGUAGUAAACCUCUAUAUCCACCUAUUCAGCAGUGUCCUAGUGGCCAUACCCUCUGUGUGGAGUGCAAAUCUAAAGUCAACAACAAAUGCCCUGUUUGCAAAAAGGAACUUGGAAAUAUAAGAUGUUUGGUUCUUGAAAAGUUUGCACUUUCCUUUCCCUUUCCAUGCACAUAUAACCAGCUUGGUUGCAAGGAGAUGCUCCCUUAUUACAGCAAGGUAAAGCAUGAGACUCAGUGUGUCUUUCGGCCAUAUACCUGUCCCCACCCCGGUUCAGAUUGCUCUAUUACAGGGGAUAUUCCAACUUUGUUGGCCCAUCUUAGGGAGAUUCACAAGGUGGAUCUUCAGACAGGAUUCACCUUCAAUCACCGUUAUGUGAAACAGGAUCCAUGCUCUGUGGACAAUGUAUCUUGGACACUCACUCUUUUCUAUUGCUUCAAUCAAUACUUCUGCCUCCACUUUGAAGCAUUUUGCCUGGGUACAGAGCCAGUUUACAUGGCCUUCAUGCGCUUCAUGGGUGAGGAGUCUGAAGCGAGAAAGUUUGGUUACUGUCUUGAGGUUGGUGGCAAUGGUCGGAAGCUGACAUGGCAAGGGGUGCCUAGGAGCAUCAGGACCCCUCACCAGAGUGUUCGUGAUAGCCAUGAUGGACUCAUAAUACAGAGGAGCUUAGCAUUAUAUUUCUCUGGAGGUGAUAGAAGGGAAUUGAAGCUGAGGGUCACUGGCAAGAUAUGGAAGGAACUCUGAUAAUUUCUAGAAGAUUAUACAAGGAAAGCAAGGGGGGAGGGGGAGGGAGAAGAGAAGGAAAGAUUGUUCAUAACAUUAAACUCUUCACUCUUUUGGUUCUUCUGCAGUCAUAUUCUUCAAAAUGGAACGAAGAAUCACUCUCUCUUCAGCUGUUGCCAUACUCCGCAAUACAAAAAUUGUUCUUGAUGAUUUAAUCUGUAUAUACCUUGAGAAGAUCAUUGAAGAAGAGUCCUCCGCCCCCUUUUCCGGUUCGCUGUAUUGUUUCAAAUCCUUUGUUACCAAGUGGGCCUUCAAUCCAUGAAGUUCGGCAACAGAAAGAACCUCAUUUAAGAUGAUAAUAGAUAUCAGGUGUUAAAUUAUUGGAAAUGGUGCUUUCAGGUGGCUAGGUCCAAUGAACAAAGUACUAGGGUUUAUCUUUUGCAAACUCAACAGCAAGAAAUGAAAUUCAUAGCUAUUUGUUAUUGUGUAAUA